UUUUGAUCAGAGGGACGGCCGCUUUAUAAAUAGCAGCGCAGACUUUGGCCCGCUUAAUGAAGCUGUUUCUGUGGCCCAUUGAGGAGCCGCCGCCUCGCACCAGUCAACCAUCAUGAAGUCUCUCUCUGGAGCGUCUCCCUCCUCUUCCUCACCUGAACCUCCCCAGCGGUUCUUCUCCCUCCAGAGUCCAGAGGUCCAGGAGGAGUUCCGAAAAGAACGUCUGAGAAGGCUGAAGUCUCGCAGUGACACAGAUGGGACCUCUUCCACCUCCUCAUCCUCACAGGCCUCCCCCCUCAGGCCCUCCUCUCCCCAGGCCUCCCCCCUCAGGCCCUCCUCCCCCCAGGCCUCCCCCCUGAACUCCCCCUUCAGCCUCUCCCCCUCCGUGUCUCCCUCCAGCCCCUGGAAGUCCUCCCCCAGGCAUUCUGACAGCUCCCCAGGUCUGUCUCUGUCCAGCCCGGAGCUGAUCUCAGAGAUGAAGGGCAGGGCGCAGCCUCUGAGACACGUCCCCCAGAGGAAAGGACUGACCACCGUCUUUUCUGGACGAGGACGACAGGUCCCUGGCUCCUCCCCCUAAGCCUGACCAGCCAAUAGGAAGGCUGAGCAGAACCUCACCUGAACCACUCCAGCUCUGAUUCUACCUCCACAACCUGAACAAGAUGAGCCAUGAACUGAAUGUCUGAUACCAGCUAAAUAAGCCCCGCCCCCCUGGUCUGCAGAGGUUUAAUUUCACACAAUCAUUUGAUUUUAGAUCAACUUUGCUUUUAAAGAAGUUUAUAGCGAUAUUUAAAAAGAUGAAAUAAAGUUUGAAAACAUGA